UAACCAGAAAAACAGGCAAAAAUAAUCCUUUUCAUUAUAAUCCCGCUCGUUACCAUUCUCCGAGGCAAAAGCAAGACUCUUUUUUCUUCUUCUCCAUCUCCCGAGAGAAAACACAGACAAACAAAACUCCCGGCGAUGGACCCCGACGACGCGACUUCCAUAAUCUUCAAAAAGAUCAGAACUUUAGAACCAGACAACGCUCCCAAACUCAUUGGCUACUUUCUAUUACAAGACAUGGAACAGACAGAUUUGAUUCGUCUUGCUUUUGGUCCCGACACUCUCUUACAGACCUUCUGUCGUCAAGCCAAAUCAGCUUUAGGUCUUUCCUCAAAACCCAUAAGUAUCCAUCACCACCAACACCAGCCGUUGCCUCAGUCUUCUCCAAGUAAUGGGUUCUUGGACUUUUCUAGAAACCCUAACCCUAACUUCAAUUCCACCCCUUUUCUCGACGGUUCGUCGCUGCUUUUCGCCUCCUCUUCCGGAGAUGAGGAACAGUUAAGCAAUCACUUGUCGUUUCUAGACGAAGAGGAUCCGUUUGCUAGUUUCCACGAGAGGAGUUUCUCUGCAAACGAUUCUUGUCUCGAACCAGAGGAACCAGGGUUUGGAAUAGGAGGAGGAGGAGCCGGUUAUCGGUUUCCACAAGCCGGUUUAGUUGAUGGUUUCGGUUUAUCUGGUGGUGAGAGCGGUUACGGUUUAAGGAUGAAGUUAGCUCAGCAACAGAGAAUGGCUGCUCAGUUCAUGGCGCUAAGACAAGAAGAAGAAAAUGGUUACUAUUACAGUCCAAGCAGGCAUGAGACAGAUGAUUCAGUCUCUAGACAGAUCUACUUGACAUUUCCAUCUGAAAGCUCAUUCACUGAUGAAGACGUCUCCUCUUAUUUCAGCGAGUUUGGAGCUGUGGAAGAUGUGAGGAUCCCUUAUCAGCAGCAAAGGAUGUAUGGGUUUGUUACUUUCGCUAAUGCUGAAACGGUGAGAACCAUAUUGGCUAGAGGCAACCCUCAUUUCAUCUGUGACUCACGUGUGCUCGUUAAACCGUACAAGGAGAAAGGAAAGAUCCUUCAAAACAAGUGGCAACAGCAGCAAGUGCAACGGUUGAUGGAGAGAGGGAGCUAUUCUCCUUCUUCAAGUCCUUCUGGAAUGGAUCUCUAUGAAUGUCACUUGGGACCAAGGAUGUUUUCAAGCAAGACUCAGGAGAUGAUGAUGAGAAGAAAAGCUGAUUUACAACUUGCCAUAGAUUUAGAACUCCAAAGAAGGUUCUUGGCUCUGCAGUUGGCUGAGAGGGAGAAUGAGCGUAGUAGUCUUUCUAUUGGCUCUCCUGCUCAUCUCCCACCUCGGUUCAACCAUAGUCUUUUCUUUCAACCAGAAAGCAUCAUGGAAGGUGAUAGUGAUAGAGGUGAAACCCAUUUUCAUCUAGUAGAGAACAGCAGCGAAGAACGUGGAUACAGUAAUGAUUUCUACGACAGGCGUCUGGAGAAUACUCUUCCUGAUAGCUUGUUUGGUUCCCCUAAAAAGUCUGAAAUAAACCAGCCAAACCGAGAAGAGUAAGGCAGCCUCAUCAGAUCAAUCAGCAUAGGAAUGGACUCACUCGCUAUAGGUAGAAAGAAAGAAGUGUAUGAUUGAAAGAAAGGUAAAGACUGAUAAGAAGUAACCUGAACGCUUAAGAGGUUUUUGAACAUGGAAACACAGGAGAGCUUUAGGAUACAUGUCAUCAACCAAAUAGGAUUUUACAGCUAACCUCAACAACAUUAUAUGGAGGAUGGUCAGAUUAACAUAGUAACUGAAACUCUAAUUAGGUUUUCUUUUAGUUUUUUUUAGGUCCUAGUACUUCUAGUGAUGGGCAAAAGCUGCAUCUGUUACUUUUUACCAUAUGAUUGUAUAAAAUGCAUGCAUGUGUUUUCUUGGA